AGUAUGCGCAAUGAUCACUUCCGUAGUAAAUACCGCUUGUUUACAAAUUUCAAAAUGGACGUCGACCAAAGCCUUCGAAUGAUUGAAGAUAAAUAUGACUUCAAGUUUAAAGAUAAACAGGAAGAAUCUAUAAAAGCAAUUGUCCAAUUGAAUGAUACAUUCGUUACUCUGCCUACGGGUUACGGAAAGUCCAGUAUUUAUUUUUAUCUGCCCGAGAUAUUUGAGGCCUUGACUGGAGAGAAAUCGUCUAUUGUUGUCAUUUCACCACUACAAGCAUUGAUGCUGGAUCAAGUUCAAAAGCUGGAAAAACUGUCAAUAACAUCUGUUGUGGUUGGUGAAAUUCAGAAAGAUAAAGGUGUUGGUCAGAAAAUAUCUGAAGGACAAUUCUCAAUCGUAUUUUCCUCGCCAGAGGCUGCAUUGACAUCUGGUAUGUGGAGGAAGAGUCUGACCUCAGGUGUUUUCCAUGAUCGUGUAAAGGCAGUUGUCAUUGAUGAAGCACAUUGUAUAACUGAAUGGGGUGGUGAAUUUAGAAAAGAAUAUGACCGACUAAAUGAACUGAGAUCAGUUUUUCCUGAAAAAACAGCUUUUGUGGCGCUUACUGCAACAGCAACACAAACUAUGAGAACGGAAAUAAUGAAAAAACUCCAAAUGAUACGAAAUGACACACGCACAGUAUCACUUCUCCCUGACAGACCAAAUGUGAUAUAUCAUAUGCAGAAAUCCAACAAGAAGAAAGAAGAACUAAAUUGGCUUCUUAAUGAUUUAAAGACAAAUGGUAAAAGUUCCAAAAAAACAAUUGUUUACUGCAGAAACAUAAUGUCUUGUGCUGAUUUAUAUGAACAUUUCUGUAAUGAAAUAGAACAAGGCAAUGAUCUUGAGAAAAGAAUGGUUGCAAUGUUUCACCGCUCAACCGCAGACACAAACAAGACCCAUGUUUUGUCCCAAUUCCCAAGUUAUGACACUAAUUUGCGAGUUAUAUUUGCUACAAUCGCAUUUGGUAUGGGUGUGGACAUUCCUGAUAUUGAACGUGUUAUACACUGGGGUGCACCUCGAGGUCUGGAACAAUAUUCUCAGGAAAGUGGGAGAGCUGGUAGAGACGGUAGAGAAUCAGUCUCGUGUGUAUAUUAUUCCGGUUAUGACAUAGCUAAAAAUCGCUGCAAGGAAUCAGUGCGUGACUUCUGUACAACCACAAAAUGCUUGCGUAUGCAGCUGACAUCUCAUUUUAAAUUAGACGACAUUGCAUCACCAUCAUCAGGAACAAGAUCAAGCCAACCAACAUCAUUGUGUCGCUGCUGCAGUAACUGUAAAGUCAAUUGUGAAUGUGGAAACUGCUUCAGCUUUCAUGAUGAAAACAGUUCCAAUGACUUAUUCUCAAGAGAAGACGACUUCUUGCUUGGACAAUUUUGUGGUUUUCUUAAUGAAGCAGUGAGGGAAAACUUACUUGAUUUUUACGAGUUCCUUGUUGAAGAACAAAAAGGACGUCAUCUUCUUUUUAAUAGUUCUAUGAUUGAAACCGUUGUAGAAAAUGCAGACUUCAUAUUCAGCGAAGACGACAUUGUGUCUCUUGGACUUAUAGAUCAUAACCUGGCAGGAGAUAUUCUUGAACUCAUUGCAGAAGUUAAAGAUUAACUUUACUUCAAUUUUAGAUUAAAGUUGUUACAUGUAUAUGAUACACAAGACUGAAAUAUAUACCGGUAAGCUCUUUGACAAAUUGAUGCCUUGUUCUAUAUAGACAUGUAAAUUUAACUGCAUACUAGUACAUGUAGUACAGUAACUUCUAAAUAUAAAUUUGGUAAUUGCAAGAGUUUCAGUUUUGUAACAAUAACAAAUAUCAUUUAUAAAUUUUGUAAAGCACAGUUUGUAAAAGAUUUUCCUUGAUCCAAAUUAUUGAAUACAUGGUAGUCCUUCAAUUUUCUGAAACUUCAUAAUUGCAAUUAA